UUGGUAUUAUGGAAAUAUUCUUGCAUCCCCGAGCAGCCCCGCGUGGUGGUGGAAAGAAAUGAAGCGAAAACGGCACGAAAUUGACAUGAGUGGUGGCGGGCUGGACGGGCGGGUGAGCGUCAGUCGCAGGCGGAACGACGGAGGCGCUUGCACGUUGUGGUCUCCUUGGAAACGUUAACCGAAGCCAUUUUCGGGCCAAUAACUAUACAUUGGUUUUGCAAUGUUCUGUGGUUAACAGUCUGUAGUGGCGGCAACGAGUCAGAGGCCAGACGCUAAACACAGUACGGUCCGAACACACCAUCGUUUACUUACUCUGAGCUAGAUGGCGCCGCAGUCACUUUAUUAUCAUAAAAUCACGAUUGAUAGACCGAUGUUUACCACUCUAUGAUUUACUAUCAAUAUUGCGUUUGCCGCCAAAAUAACACAAAGUAAAUACACGAAUGCGACAAUAAUAUGCAUAAUACACAUGUUAACACGAGUUUCUACUCACGUCUGAGUGUCUGACACAGCUGCAGCUAACGUUGUACUACAUACUUUGACUUCUUCGCUAACACGGUUUGUGUCCGAUGUCCGGCGACAUGAACUCCGACGACGACGAUCUAAAAGCUUUGGCUCUGUUCUUGGAUGCUGAACUCGAUGGUGUUCCGACAUCUACGGAAAAAAUCAUAGACACUAAAGAAGAUGUAAUAAAAGAUAACAUCGACAACGGUAAUCAACUGGCUGAGAGUUAUUCUAAAAAGGCAGCCGGAACAUUUAGUGACUUUUUCAAAUCAAUGAAGUCGAAAAUUGUCGAUUUAGAUGAAGAGGUAGUUAAAUGUGAACCAAAGAAGAAGUCCAUACCCAAAUUACCAAAAUUUGGAUUUGAUCCCUCAGCAGACCCUGUGUUUGGUCUAUGUAUGAUCAAUCCAUUGUUGUCAUCUCAGACAAUUCAAGACAGGAUGAUCGGUAAAGUACCAGUACCCGUUAGCCGAGUUAAAACACAUCUUAAGUCUGCAGACAAUUCCGAUUGGGUUGUAGCUGGCGUUUUGGUAAACAAAUCUCUUCCAAAGACUUCACAAAAAGGUUCUACUUUUAGCAUAUGGAAAAUAAGUGACUUAAAGCCAGGUAUGAAUACUAUUACAUUAUUUUUAUUUGGCCGCUCACAUGCUGACUUAUGGAAAACAGAAAUAGGAUUUGUUGUUGGAAUACUGAAUCCAAAAGAAAUGGAUGGUAAAGACAAGAAGGACGAAAUAACAUUAUCCAUAAAUAGUGGUGAUCAAGUGAUGUUGUGGGGCAGAUCCAAAGAUUUCGGGACUUGUAAAGGAAUUAAGAAUAAUGGAGACAAGUGUGAUAUGUUUGUAAACAUUAAUAACUGUGAUGUUUGUACAUAUCAUGUAAAACGAGAAUAUAUCAAGCAUUGUAGUCAAAGAGCAAAUAUUGGAAAUUCUAGACCAACAGCCGCCCACAGCUUACGAGAUAAAGUGUUGGGAAAAAACGAGGUGUUUUAUGGUGGUCAAAGUUUUGUGUCUACUAAAUCUAAUCAUUCACAAUUAAUGAAAGAAGACAAAGUGAAGCUUCAACGAUUGAAUGCUGGCAAACAGCUUGCGUUAGACCCAAUUAAAACUCUUACCACUGCACCUCGUGCUACUAUUGCUAAUCGUCGAGCUACUGCUAUUAAAGACUCUGUUAAUGAUUUAAAAACCAAUGAAAUGAGUGGGUCAGGAAAAAAAAAUAUUGAUCAUAAAGAAGCUCAAAAAAUGUGUACAUUCAAAGAUAUAUUAGGUAGUUCAUCAAAUCAAAAAAAUUUUGGAUCAAUGCGUCCAAAAUGUGCCAAAGCUAGUGCAUUGAAUUGGAUUAAAUCAAAUGGGACAAUUCAAAAAGAAAAUCCCAAUUUAUUUGAAAAAAGUAAGGGUGGUAAAAAAAGAAAAUUGCCUGAAGACAUUGUUUUAGAUUUAGGCCAAAAAAAGAAAGUUGCUGUCGAAGAAAAAGUUUCACCAAGAUUUUUAGAACUUAUGAAAGCUACUUCUCAGAACCAAGAUCUUAUUGAUACAGCUCAGCAAGAAGCUGAAGACAAAUAUUUUGAUCAAAUGGAUAAAAAGGAAAAAAUGGAACACAAAAUGAUGAACACAUACAAGGUGCAAUGUAAAGCUGUACGUUGUCUGGUAUGCAAAUAUACUUGGUUUUCAGCAUCUGAAUGGUGUAAAACUGAAAAACAUACACUGCGUGUCCUUGAUGCUACUAAAAGGUUUUUCAAAUGUAAUGAUUGCAAUUCGAGAAUUGCUUGUUUGACAAUGUUCCCUUUGAUUUCGUGCAAAAAUUGUAAUGGUUCCAAAUGGGAACGAGCCCCAAUGAUGGGUCACAAAAAAGUUGAUGAAAUCCAUUUAAGUAUUCGUGGAGAUGAACAAACAUUCUUGAGCUCUAUGCAACCAAAACUUAGUAUGGGCUUAAUGGUGGCAGAAGAAGAUUGAUUAGUUAUAAAAUUGGUUCAUAUUGUCCUUACUAAUGUAUUGCUUAGUUAAGAAGUUAUUUCAUGGUUGUUAUUGAGUAAUAACUAAUUUCAAAUAAUUAAAAUAUAUAUAAUUUCAUGGACUAUAUUCACUAAUUUAUUUUUUUAAUAUUUUACGUUUGUAUAGAAUAUAUAUUUUAUACUUGAUCUAACUGAUAAUUAAUUGUUAAGUAGGUACUAGAAUUAUAAUGUUAAAGAACUGUAAUUCACUUUAUAUAAGCUGAAGUAUUAUUUGUAUGUAUACUGGUAAUAUUUUUUUAACCUUUAAACUUUAAAUGUGUGUUAAUUUUAAUGCUAUUUAAAUUAAAUUCUAUAUUAAUUUUUGAUCUUCAAUAAAUGUAAUCAAUUA